ACAGAAGAAAACCCUGCGCCUCUCUCAAAAACCCUCUUUUGGCUUUCGCCGUUGCCCUAAUCUCACACAGAUUGCUUCAAUUAUGGCGGCAAAUACAAUGGCGCGUUCUUUUCUUCAAGCUGUGGCUACGGAGGAAGUCGCUCCUCCUCUUCGAGUCGUUCAGAUGGAAGGACUGGCAGUUUUGAAAAUAAUUAAACACUGCAAGGAAUUCUCCCCAGCUCUGGUCACAGGGCAACUUCUUGGUCUUGAUGUUGGGAGUGUACUUGAAGUCACUAACUGUUUUCCUUUCCCUAUUAGAGAAGAAGAUGAGGAAAUUGAAGCAGAUGGAGCAAAUUAUCAGCUUGAAAUGAUGAGAUGCUUAAGGGAGGUUAAUGUGGACAACAACACUGUAGGAUGGUAUCAGUCAACUCUGUUGGGGUCAUAUCAAACAGUGGAGUUGAUUGAAACUUUCAUGAACUAUCAGGAGAACAUUCGGCGUUGUGUCUGCAUUAUAUAUGAUCCUUCAAGGUCGAAUCAAGGGGUUUUAGCUCUGAAGGCGUUAAAGCUCUCAGAUUCCUUUAUGGAACUGUACCGCAAGAACAAUUUUACUGGAGAGAAGUUAAGAGAAAAGAAGCUUUCUUGGGUGGAUAUCUUUGAGGAAAUACCUAUUAAAGUUUCAAAUUCUGCACUUAUUAGUGCUUUCAUGUCGGAGUUGGAGCCUGAUUCACCUGUUGCACAGUGUGAUCUUGAUCGUCUGAAUUUAUCAACAACUCCGUUCAUGGAGAGAAAUGUUGAGUUUUUGAUUGAGUGCAUGGAAGAUCUUUCUUCUGAACAGAAUAAGUUCCAAUAUUAUUACCGGAACCUUCAAAGGCAACAAGCACAGCAGCAAGCAUGGCUUCAGAAGAGGAGGAUGGAGAACAUGGCAAGGAAAGCUGCUGGAGAAGAGCCCUUGCCUGAAGAAGAUCCAUCAAACCCCAUCUUCAAGCCACUACCUGAACCGUCACGCUUGGAUAGUUAUCUCAUAACAAAUCAAGUAGCUAACUAUUGCGGUCAAAUAAAUGGGGUUGCUGGGCAGAGUUUCAGCAGAUUAUAUCUCAUGAAGGCUUUGCAGGAUAAUUGAGCAAAAGCCACUCAAUUUGUUGUGGAAUGAUCAUUUUUCUCCCAUGACUUUCUCUGUAGGAGCGUUUUAUUUCUUAUGAUCGACUGUUCUUGUUUUAACUGGUGUGAUAUUGAUUAUGCUAGUGGAUGGAAAAAAAUAUGAAUUUUGUGAUUUGAUGUUUUUUCUUAAAGCAAACUCUCAAUUGUAAGAGCUAUGGACUUACGAAUUAUUACGGUUUCAUGUAGUUAUGAUAGAGAUGUCCUGAUGAACUGUUAUGGUAUCUAAAAUGUUCUACCGCGUGGUACUUUAUACA